AUGGACCCUCAGAACCAAUCCGGCUCUCACGCGCAGCAAGGCCGCGCCCAGCCUGUUUACGAUACGUCUCAUGGAGGCCACUACGGUGCAAGUGCUGCGCUCUCUGCCCAGGGCUUUGCUCCCGCCGAACUGUACACCGGUCCAUGGGCUAAUGUCCACCAAGGCCUGACGGGCCAGUACAAAGACAUCCUGACGACUUACUGGCAGCAGACCAUUAACCACCUGGAAAGCGAUAACCAUGACUACAAGCUGCACCAGCUGCCUUUGGCGCGGAUAAAGAAGGUCAUGAAGGCCGACCCUGAAGUCAAGAUGAUAUCGGCAGAAGCACCCAUUCUCUUCGCCAAGGGCUGCGAUAUUUUCAUCACCGAGUUGACAAUGCGUGCCUGGAUUCACGCCGAAGAGAAUAAGCGAAGAACCCUGCAGCGAUCUGAUAUUGCAUCUGCCUUGGCCAAGUCAGACAUGUUUGACUUCCUGAUUGACAUUGUUCCUCGAGAGGAAGCCUCUUCUCAUGCCAAACGAACCGCAGGCCAGGCUGCCCCUGCUGGCCAGGGCGUGCCGGCGCAGGCAGCUUCCCAGAUAUCAGGCCAACACGGCGCUAUUCCACAAGCUGCCAACCAUUCCUCCUCAUCUCAUCCUAUGGCAACGACCGACUACGGACUCGCCGGACAUGCUCUUGGCCCCGACCAGGACUAUCGCCAGAACCCCAACAUGUAUCCUGGCCAAGUACAACCUGGGCCUUCUGCGCCAUAUGGUCAGGCGCAGCAAGGUAUGUACGGCGAAAUUGAGGGAAUGUACGGAUACGGCACCAUGCAACCUCAGCAGCCGCCCAUGUCGUCGGAGGAGUUUGAAUAG